AUGCUGGGACGAUUGAAGGAUCAGUUUAAUAUGACCUUAGUCCAAGGUCAAGAAGAAGCCAAAAAUCGUCGGCGGCAACUUCAAGGGACGCAUAAUCAGCAUUCUGGAUCGACCGAAGAUUUUUGUGGAAGGAAUGAUUCAGAGGAUCUAGCUAUCCUUCAAGUUGAAUUAGCGGAACUUCGGGAGACCAUUGAAAGGUUCCAAAAAGCUUUACAGGAAAAGACUCCUUUGUCAAGUAUUUCUGAUAUUGAUGGUUUCUUAGAAUAUCUAGAUAAUUUGGAGCAACGAUACGAGAUUUCAAUCCGUGAAGUUAAAAGACUGUCAAAUGAGCUUCAGGAAGCAGAUGCCUUGUUUAAAGCAUCAAAGAAAGAGUUUGAAGAGAAGUUUAAAGUAUUAGAGGAAAAGUUUAUUUCAGAACUAGCUCGCUUGUCGGGCGAAAAUCAAAAGAAAUCUGGGGACAAAGCGAUAUCUUUAUCAAACAUAGAGGAAUAUGUCUCUGUUUUACCUUCCACUCCUGCAACAAAGGCAGGAGUAGUUUCUCCUGAGACCACUACGACAUCAAAUAAAGCUUCAUCGAAAAAAAAGAAACGAAAAAACAAAAAAAACCAAGUGGAAAAACACGUUAAUGAGAAUAUUGAACCAACCCAAGAAAACUCCAAUAUUUUCGAGUCCGUCCCUACUAACGCUUCCGAAAAUUCCAAAGAAAAUGUUCACAUAAAUAAGUUAUCUUCCUUUGAAACCUAUCUUCAGUUGUCCGACAUUUCAGUACUUUCUGCGCCUUUGCCGACAUUGACAGAAUCAGAAGAAACCUUUCUGCAUUUAUCGUCUGUUCCGAUUGAUGAAACUUUGCAAACAACGGUAGAGUCACUUCGGAAGGAGCUGGAAGCAGCCGAACAAAAACUUAAAACAGAGUCUGCUACUUUUCAUGAUCAAAACCAAAAUCACAAGGAUAAAAUAUCUAGGUUGAUUUCUUCAGUAGAAUCUUUAAAGAAAGAUGUUGAAGAAUCUCAUCAAAACCUUCUCUGGGCCGAAACUUCUUGUGAUUCUUUGCGGGAAGAAAAGCAGGGGCUUUUGGAAAGACUUGCCGUUAGUGAGAACGUAAAAAGUAGGCUUAUUAAAUCCAGUUCAGAGGUCCAAAAAACUUUGGAUUCAUGUCAAGAAAAACUCGCUCAUACGUUCAAAGAACUGGAAAAGGCGAACGGGAAGCAAAAGGAAACGGAGAGAGAAUUGGAGACUUUGCAAAAGGUAAUGGAAGAAAAAACAAAUCGAAUUAGUGAACUGAAUAAGAAAGUUGUCCUUGUUACAGAACAAUCGAGUGAAUACUCUAGACAAGUGUACGAAACGAAGGAGGCAAUCCAAACUAGGCAAGAGGAGUUUGAAGAAGUUUAUAAGCUUCUUAUUGAUCAAACCAGGGAUUGCCAAAAGUUAAGAAGCCUUGUGGAGCAAUUAGAAAUUGAUCGCAUUGAUUGUCAAAAUACUGCCGAAGUUCGCAUCCAUCAGCUGACAGAACAUUACACUACGGUUUUAAAAGAGAGAGAUUCGGCUUUAUUGGAGCUUGAAGGAAGACAUCAAACUGUCAUUUCCGAACUUGGACAUUACAAAUUAAAAGACGCAGAGCUUACACAGCAAAAUCAAGAACUGUCAAACGGAAUUCAAAACAUAAAGAUUGAUAGAGAUGAUUCAAACUAUAAUCAAAGACCAGAGAAGGAAGAUGCUUUAAGAGCUUUGGAAGCAGAAAAAAAGAGUUUAGCUACUGCUUUGGAUGAAUCCACCGCUCGGUAUGAACACUUACAAAAGUCGUUUAAAGUGAUGUUUGGCCAACAUAGGAGGAAGCAAAGUCAAGGAUCCUUGUCUGAUCGUAACUCAAGUGCUUCUGUUUUGCGUACUAGCGUUGACCAACAAAACAGUAAUUCAAUGGUCGACAAAGAAUAUACCCGUAACAUUCUUUUUCAGUUCCUCGAACAGCGUGAAAGGAGAGCAGAUAUUGUAAAUUUACUUUCAAUUUUGCUUGAAUUGUCUACAGAGCAAAAAGAACAGCUCUUGUCGAUAAAAAAUUGA